GCUCCAACACCCAACCAGUUAAGGUGCGUUCGUAAAUUCGCUCUAGCUAUACUCCAAUUUCGGAACAGUUUCGUCAGUGCCAGACAGCGCAGAAUAACUGAAUUUACGAACGCACAACACCCGUUGAAUAUAGCCGGUGUCAGUAAACGUCGUCAAAGCUUAAUUAAAUUGCUGCCAGCAACACAGUCGCCAACACUCGGGAUAACAUGGAACCAGUUCUGCUAGGCAUGGAUGAAAAGCCUGGGUCAUCAAGUGCUAUGGCAGACAGCUCUGUCGACGUGAUGGCGGAGGCAAAGAAGCUGAUCGGCGCAGGGAACAGGCACCUGGUGAUGGGAGAUGUCGUUUCUGCAGUCCAUGUGUUCCAGGAGGCUUGUGGCAUGCUGGCUGCGAGGUAUGGGGACACCGCAGAUGAGUGUGGAGAGGCCUUCUUUCUGUGUGGGAAGUCUCUACUGGAGCUUGCCAGGGUGGAGAACACUGUCCUAGGUAAUGCUCUUGAGGGAGUCCCUGAGGAGUCCUCUGAGGAGGAAGGAGAGGGAGAGAAGCCGGACAACUCAAAGAUUGAGAGUGCUGACAACUUGGAAGAUGAUGAUGACGACGAUGAAGGGGAAGGCACUGGUGAAGACAAAGAGGAGGAAGUGGGUAACCUGCAGCUGGCUUGGGAAAUGCUGGAGGUCGCUAAGGUCAUCUACAAAAGAAAGGAGAACAAGGAGGACCAGUUGAUGGCUGCUCAAGCCUAUCUGAAGCUGGGAGAAGUUGGAGCAGAAUCUGGUAACUACCCUGCAGCUGUGGAGGACUUCCAGGACUGCCUGUCCUUGCAGCUGAAGCACUUGCCCCCCCACAGCCGCCUGGUGGCCGAGACCCACUACCAACUGGGCAUGACCUACUGCAUCACAGGCCAAUACAGCCAGGCCAUCCAGCACUACAGCAGCUCAGUUAAAGUCAUUGAGAGCCGCCUGGCCAUGCUCCAGGAGGUGAUAGACAAGGCGGAAGGUGAAGACGGAGCCAAAGAGAAGACCGAGCUGGAGGAGCUGAAGCAACUGCUGCCUGACGUCGCUGAGAAGGUAGAGGAUGCCAAGGAGAGCCAGAGUAUGGCAGGAUCAGCCUCUGUGGCCAUACAGCAGACCUUGGCUGGAGCUUCUACUUUGUCAGCAUUCCCAUCCUCUUCCUCAUCAGCGUUUGCAGAAAAUGGUGGACCUUCAUCUUCCUGUUCAUCAGCAUUUGGAACCAGUCAGAUUUCUGUCAGAUCGGCAGCCGAUGGCGCAUCCUCCUCCAAAUCUGCAUCAGACAUUUCCCACCUGGUCAGGAAAAAGAGGAAAACUGAGGAGAGCCCCGUAAAGGACACUGAUGCUAAAAAGACCAAGCAGGAAACUACAAUUAAUGGCAGCGGCGAUUCCGGCUCUGGCAGUAAUGGAGUCCAGGAGAAGGGGGCACAGGAGCCCGGCAAGCUGUCCGCCUCUGUGGAAUCCUCGGUGUGAAGUAACUUCCUCUCCCUGAUCUUCCAGCCAGCAGAGCAGGCCUGCCCCUUACGCCCAUUUACACUUUUGUUUCUGUAAAUAUGACAAUUUUUCACAUUUGUUUGUCUAGUUUUUGUAUACUUGUUGUAAUAAAAGUUCAUUAGAGUA